CGGUGACGGUGCUCUCGGCUCAGGAGCAGCAGCAGCAGGUCCCGCUGCCGCCCUCACAGCCCUCGCACAUGGAGUCCGAGGCGCUGGAUUCCCGAAAAAGACCGCUGGAGACUCCGACUGAGGCGGGAAGCACCAAGCGCACUAACACGGGAGAAGAGGGUGAGUACUUCUUGAAAGUGCUGAUCCCCAGCUAUGCGGCCGGUUCAAUUAUCGGUAAAGGAGGACAGACCAUCGUCCAGCUGCAGAAAGAGACUGGCGCCACCAUCAAACUGUCCAAAUCUAAAGACUUCUACCCAGGUACGACAGAGCGCGUGUGUUUAAUCCAGGGUACGGUCGAGGCGCUGAACGGCGUUCAUAACUUCAUCGCAGAGAAAGUGCGCGAGAUGCCGCAAAGCAGCCAGAAAAGCGAACCGGUCAGCAUCCUGCAACCUCAAACCACCGUUAAUCCCGACCGAGUCAAACAGGCUAAACUGAUCGUGCCCAACAGCACAGCUGGGCUGAUCAUUGGUAAGGGUGGAGCAACGGUGAAGUCAGUGAUGGAGCAGUCGGGCGCGUGGGUGCAGCUCUCACAGAAGCCUGAGGGCAUCAACCUGCAGGAGAGAGUGGUGACCGUGAGCGGCGAGCCCGAGCAGAACCGCAAGGCUGUAGAGAUUAUUGUGCAGAAGAUCCAGGAGGACCCACAGAGCAGUAGCUGUCUCAACAUCAGCUACUCCAAUGUCACAGGACCUGUGGCCAAUUCCAACCCCACAGGCUCACCAUAUGCCAACAGUGCAGAGGUUCUGCCUAGUGCUGCUGCUGCUGCCGCUGCCACUGCGUCCACGCUGCUGGGCCAGGCGGGCCUUGCCAGCUUCCCCUCUGCAAUGUCUGGCUUUUCCGGCAAUGACCUGCUGGCCAUCACCUCUGCCCUGAACACGCUCGCCAGUUAUGGCUACAACACCAACACUCUGGGGCUUGGCCUGAACCCAGCAGCCGCCUCUGGAGUGUUAGCCGCCGUUGCUGCUAGUGCUAACCCUGCAGCCGCUGCUGCAGCUAACCUCUUAGCAUCGUACGCCAGCGAGGCAUCCGGAGGAGCGGCUCACCCGGCUGCACCUGGGCUUGCCGGCUUCUCACUGGGUUCUCUGGCAGCUGCCACGGGAGCUUCCAACGGCUACCUGAACCCGGCAACCUCCCCGCUGGUGGCCUCCUCACUGCUGGGGACUGAGAAACUUGCCGAGGGUGGAAAGGAGGUGCUGGAGAUUGCCGUGCCCGAGAACCUGGUAGGCGCCAUUUUAGGGAAAGGGGGGAAGACGCUGGUGGAGUACCAGGAGCUGACAGGGGCUCGCAUCCAGAUCUCCAAGAAGGGCGAAUUCAUCCCGGGCACGCGCAACCGCAAAGUGACCAUCACAGGGUCGCCGGCAGCAACGCAGGCCGCGCAGUAUCUCAUCAGCCAGCGGAUCACGUACGAGCAAGGCGUCCGUGCCACAAACCCUCAGAAAGUGGGCUAGAGAGGGAACGCAAGCGAUGGGGGGGAGGGAGGAGGGAGGGAGGGCAGCGAGGAAAGGGAUUUGAAAGAGGACCGAGACAAGAGCGCAGACAAUGACUGAGACGGACGAACGAACGAGAGACAAAAAUGAAGGAAAGAAGUCGGUAAGGGGAACAGAAGAAAAAAAAAGAGUACGUGUCCAUGUUCACGUUUCGGAGGAAAGAAACAAAACAAAACAAAAAAUGUGAGGAAAGAAUGAUGUUCAGCUGUGGACCUGGGGGCAGAGGUGUGUACGAAUUUGGGACUGAAAUUCUGCUGUUCCUUUUUUUAAUUUGUAUUAUUAUUAUUAUUUUUUAAACUCGAGCUAAGCGGUGUAGAUUAUGAGGGGCUCAGUACUGAACCCUGUGGCGCUCUGGGAGGGAGGAGACUCAGGCCUCACCUCCUCUGUUUCUCACACAGCCAGGGACCAGAUAGGUUCCAUUAUAUUUUUCUGUCAUUGGUGUAGCCUGUACAGGUUAGUCCAAAAAUUAUGGCCUCCACAUAGGCAAUGGGUUUCGCAACAGCCCCUCUUUGGGGUCAAUUCAAUAUCAAAGGUUUGGCCCUUUACAGAUUUAGAUGUGAAGCAGUCUUGUAGGGUUUUCCAAAUUAACACAAGCGAGGCAGAAAUUUUUUUUUUUUGGGUCUACUCUCGCUACCCACGUUUCAGAUCCACGUUACCGUCUUUCUCCUGUUAAUCGGACAGCAGAUUACUCCGGUCACAGCAGAUUUAGAUUUUACUUAAACCUGUGAUUUCAGGUUGACCUGAAUGUAUAAAGGACUUCCUGGUCUUGUUUUUUUUGUUGUUUUUUUUUUUUUUUUUUAAAUAUAUGUCAGGAAGUUCCAAACUGAGUCUUUGUUUGGCAUCAGCAGCCGAACCUGACUCGGGUUCUCAGCAACAGAAAGGCAGGCAGACAAAACAAAACAAAACUUCAAAGGUUAAAAAGGUCCCUUUGAGAGGACAGGAAUGUAAACACACACAUACACCCACACACACUGCGAGUGCAGUUUAGUCAAUUGAUCGAUCUUUGGUGCUAAUCGCUAAUGAGAAAACAUCAGAGAUUUAAGAAACCUCUUCCUUAGCUAGAUUCGAGCACUUUGGGGUUGAAUUUUCCUUCCCGUCAUUUAUUAAUCAGAAGCAAUUUUGCGAUUCGGUCAUCACAUCGUUACAAACGAGACAUCGGAGAAAACGAAAAACACUUUUCAGCUGCUAACUCGGUUAUUUGGGAUUGCUGACUUCGACUGAAAGAACUGAUGCGAGAACUUCAGAAUUCUGCAUCGGGAACAUCUCGAAACCAAUCGUCCUACUGAUUAAGGACUGGGGACAGAUAGUCACACUAACAUUACCAUUAAGAAAUAAGUACCUUGAGUGUUAUGCCAAACUAAAAUAUCCACUAUAGCGCUCCAGUAAACACUGGUGAUUUUUAAAAUGUGUGGGGGUUGGGGUUUUUUGUUUUGUUUUUUUUGUAUGAAUAGAGCUCAAGCUGAUAUACCUCAUGUUUGGACAGAAUGGGAAAAAAGAAAUGAAAUUUUCCAGUUUGUAUGCAGAGCAACAAAGUCCUCGAUUGAGUUCCACUUGGCACCUAGUUCACUCCUGCGCAGACUAGCCUCGAUGUCAGGCUGCCGGAGGUCUGGCAGCGGAAAGAAAGGAGCGCAUACAAUGCAACGCAGCCUUU